AUGCUCUAUACGUCCUCAUCCCUCGCGGCUGUUGCUGGCCUCCUCGCCGCCGGAGCUGCCGCUCUGCCGGCCAACUCCAACGCCGUACCCGUCAAUGCCACCCUCGGAAGCGCCCUCUGGAUCAACGGACAGCCCGCAGAGCGAGUCUCGGACAGCACCCUGGCGGCUCGCUCGAUAAGCGGCACAUGCGGCAAAGGCGAAGACGUCGUCGUCUGCGCUAAGCGCCUGGCCCAAAAGUUUUCCAACCAGGCUGUGGGCGAUCAAGAGAUGCCGAAAAGGACCUACGUCUGGAAGACCAACCCCAAGUACCACAAUAAAAUGGGCUGGGCCGACUUUACUCUCGAGUACACGCCCGUCUUCGGAUCCUGCAAGGUGUCUGAUCCUGUCAUCGUCAACCAGGGGGCCUUGUUCGCCUGUAAUCUGGAAGGAGGCUGUUCUCAAAGCUUUACUCAAUCCAGAGUCGUUACUGACACGGUUAACUACGGCUACAAGGUUGGCACGAAGGUUAACGUCGGAGGCGACAUCAAAUUUGUCUCAGUAUCUACCGAAGUGAGUACCGAAUGGAGCCAGGACUGGUCCAAGUCAACCGAGGUGACGACUACAAGCCAGCGGACAUAUAACCUUGCAAAUGGAGAAGUCUGCGCUCCAACGACAGUGCAAAUCCAGAUGGAUUGCAUUGGCGAUCUCAAGGACGCCAAAAUGAUCGCGCACGGCUUCAGGGCACAGGACCCCCACUUUGUCAAGGAUUUCAAGGCCUGGUGUGACGCUGCCUUUGCGGGCCCUCGCGUCUUUGAUGACUGGCAGAAAUGGACGGGACAAGACUUCCGCGUACUCUGCAACCAAGUCAAAAACUCAAGGGUCCCACGAAACAUGUAUCUCCGCUCUUCCGCAACUGACGGCUCUUCCUGGACCGUCGAGGGAUGCUCUCUGAGCCAGUAG